AUGAUUAUAAUGUGGUGUAACGAAUACUUGAUUGUGGUGAUCCAAAUGUACGCUAUGAUUCUGAUGAAUGACCCUACCCUCAACCUAAAUUUGCUCUUGAAUCACGCCUAUCCCAAUUACUCCUUUCUGUUUCGUAUGGAUCGCCGAAAGGACGAAUCCAUAGUCAAGUCCUUAUACGACUUUCUUCCCUACCUCAAUGUCUUCCAUUGCUCCAUCAGUCAGUUGCAGACCUAUUUGCUCCUUUUCCAUUACUCUCUUUUAACGAACAAUAAGGAGAAGUCCUUGGCAUUAUCUGCUAUGAUCAAUGCAUAUAUUGGCAUUUUGGGCAUUAAUUUGAAUUCGAAAAGCUUAUUUUUCAAUGAUCUAAGCUUGUCCUUGCAACAGAGAAGAGAUCGAGUCAAGAUCUUCUGGGGUUUCAAGGUUUUGCUCAAGUGUUUCAAUUUGAAGUUCGGAUUCAAACCUUCCAUAAACACGACUGUCAUUAAUCCAGUGACCAUUGAUCAAUACUUUAAAUUAACUCCAGAGAAAUUGAGCUCGCUUCUUGAUGAUAAUUCGGGAAGUGAGGUUGACCUACUAUUCCAAACACUAUUGAAGCCCAGCGUGGAAUUCCUCAAUCUUAUGAACAUUAUUAUUCCUUCUUCAUUUUCGCCCAAUUACUACCAAUAUUUGAAGCAAGGAAGGAAUACAGGCAGUGAUCACUCGACCCCUCAAAACCCUAGACGCCAACACUCCAAUAAUCUAGAUUGGAUCUUGAAUGAUGAUGAUGGUGAUGGAAAUGAUGGAAAUCUCAAUUACAAUUAUACUCAGUUUUUGAUCAUUGAUACUAAUCUAUCCAAUUGGAGAUACUCAUUGAAAGACAAAACGCUUGAUUUGAGUCCGCUUCAUACAAUAAUGGGUCUUCCAUCUUCGUCUUCUAUGAAAAACGAGACCCUUUACCAUCGGAUCACGUUUGAUGGUGACCGCAAGUCAAAUCAAGGAAUUUCAGAGGAAGGGUUUCAGCUCUUUUACCAAACUGGUCUUCCUAAUACUGAUACUGCGGCACAGCUUAUCCGCAUGCAACUAAACAUGCACUAUCUUUUGAUUCGAUCGCUGAAUUACUUGAAUUUUGUCAUCGAGCGUGAACUCACACCAGGAUAUUAUGUAAAGAUUGCCAACAUAGCCCGGGAAACUUUGGCCUAUUUUGUCCUCAUGUUCGAGCACAUAGGAAAUGCAGUUGAACAGCUGGCAGUCACUCAAGGGAUUGGCUUUGACAACAGUUUGUUCUCUGAUUCCAAAAAAAUGAUUUCCUCGUCGUUCCCCAUGCAAGUUGAAGAUGAUGGCUUGAUUAUUAACGAUUUCUCUGCAAAGAGGAGGAAAUUGCAUCUGCUGGAUAUGCCUGCCGAAGUUCCUUCCUCAAAAGAGAUUCCUGUGUCGCCAUUUAACGGUAUGCUUAAUGCUUUAUCUUUGACGAUGAUAAACUUCAAAAAGUCCAUUGUGCUCCAAAUGUUGUACUUGCUCAUUUGCACCUUAAAGAUUGCUAAAAAAGGGGGAGUUAUGAGUGCUGACACUGUGACAGUACUCAAUAAAAGCAUUACAUUGUUCAUACGAAUUUUCAUCAACUAUAGACCACACUCCAACCGAAGCGUGAAGACUAAGAAGGUUAAAGAGGAUGAUUUAUUCAAAAGAAUUAUCAACGAUGAACUUCGUGAUGAGUUUUUAACUAACAAAAAUGUUGAAUCAGAUGACGAUGAAGAUGACAACGAUAUCGAUUGGGAUGAUGAGGAUAUGGAUGAAGACUUAAAGUAUUUGAAAACACUCAAAUAUGUGAAGUACAAAACGAGUAUUCUCCAUGAAAAGUAUAUGGCCAACCGAGGAAGCACUUCUGACCAACUGAAUUUCAAUGCUCAGAAUCUCUCGACAAAAGUGAAGAAUGAGUUGACAACUACACAGUCUAAUGGGAAUCAGCAGAACCUCCCACCUCUUGAACAGCAAUUUGGUCCUCAAAAUAACCUUUCUGGUUUUCCUCAAAUGGGUGUGUACUUGCGAGGCUCCUUAGGCAAGAUGGGCUCGUAUACAUCACUUGAUUUCAUGCCGAACGAGAAUAAAAGUGAAACAGGCCAGAAGGAGGCGAUCGCAAGUGCUAGUGAACUAAUGAGCAUAAAGCAUGGGAGCCGUGGAUACACUAAUAAUGGCUCGUGGCGAUAUGGAGUGUCUGACGGUGCUGCUACAAACGGAGAAGAAAACCAUUAG